AUGCACGUCGUCUGUGUGGUGCCGGGGCUGGUCUUCUGCCUCCUGCUGGGGCCUCUGGCAGGGGCCAAGCCGGCGCAGGAGGAGGCAGACCCCUACGCGCAGCUGCCGGCCAUGCCCUACUGGCCUUUCUCCACCUCUGACUUCUGGAACUACGUGGAAUACUUCCAGACGCUCGGCGCCUACCCCCAGCUGCAGGACAUGGCCCGCACCUUCUUCGCGCACUUCCCCCUGGGGACCACCCUGGGCUUCCACGUCCCCUAUCAGGAGGACUGA